UUGCAAUGUGAAGCAUUGGUUGAGAAAUUUAGUACUCAAUGUUUUGUAUAUCACAUUCCAUAACGCAUGGUAUAGGGCUGCCUUUUCGGGUGGAUUACACUUGUUUGAUCAUUAACAUAGGAUAUAAGGCAUUUUUCUGAGGUAAAACAACAACUGAAUUUGCGACAUCGGUACAAGAACAACUGAAUUUGCGACAGUCACAAUGGCCGAGGCUAGCGGGGACCGUGCCGGAAAUAGGUUGAUUCGAAGAAACGCCAUGCGCCGGAAGGAUAAGGAGAAUCCGACGUCUACACGAUUUUCAAAAGGAGACAACAAUGUUCCCGGUACAAGCGGAGCCGAUUCCGAAAUCGACAAUGGAAGUUGCACAUGCGACCAUUUCAAUGCAGCUUACAAAGCUAUAUGCCCAUUUUCCGGUCGCGAGAGACCAGAUUCUGGACUAUCUAUCUUGAGCAGUUCAGGUAUUUCGGGAUUUGUAAGGGUAAGUAAGGGAACUUUCAUGGCAGACAGUGAAAACGAAAGUCCAAACUCGUCUUUGUCUUCUUCAUCAUCGUCUUCUUCGCCAUCGUCUUUUAGAACUGUAACCGGAAUUUCUGACAGAAUCGGAAGUAGCGCCUCUGCCGAAUCUACAAUGAUAUCCAGUAACAAUUCUAUUGAAAGAAAGAUUUUACUCGCACGUAAAUGGUGCGAUGAUCACCCACUGAACGGAGAUGGAAUUCCGUCCGACGCCAUAUUCACGUGUACAAAAUGCGGACACGUCAAUAGAAUUGUGAUGCCUUCAAUACCUAAAAGACCUAAAAGUUUUCCAUGUGGCUUGAAUGACCAUCUUCUCCCGAGACCAUCAGUUACUGACUCUGAAUCAGUUGGCUUGAGACUCAAUCUCUUCGAUGCAGACGGUGUUCCUAACCAGACCAAAGUCAAAGUGGCGGACAAAAAUGGUGAUCAAUGCCUUUAUGAGCUCAAGACACAUCCGAUCGACUUAAGACACAUUGGCGAGGACAGUACACAACCUAAAGAGUUAUUUAGUGACAUUACUGGCAGUGUUAAAUGUGAGUAUGAUAAUACAGAAUCUUUACUUGGUGUCUUAGCCCACGAUGAAUCUUAUGGUGACGAUUCAAAACCAGACGUUUUACUUAAUGAUUUUUCUAAAAAAACAUCGGACUCUGCGACUGAGACCCAUGUUCAAGCUGAGAUCAAACGUCGUAAAAUGUACUCGAUGUAUGAUAACGUUCAGCGCUGCUGGUACUGUAGCAAAUAUAACGCCAACAGCAGCAACGCCAACAGCAGCAGCAGUAGCGGUGGUGGCGUUGACUAUUUCUGUCGAGUGUCGAAUCGCUAUUUUUGCAGCACAUGCGAACAAGAGCACAAGAAACAAAUACCUGACUGUGUUAUCAUAGUCCGUGUAAAAUAAACGUUGGUAUUUGUUUAUUUACGUCGAUGCCUGUAUGAGAUUAUUGAUCUAAAAUUGAAAUGUGUAAAAAAUGAUGCUAGCAUAAAUUUCCGAUAGAUAUUGUGACGAUAUUCGAUUAAAGAUGCGAGAAACGUUUGGGAACGAGCAUUAUUGUGAAGUUCAAUUGUCUUACGUCAUGCUCAUAUGAGUCUUAAACAAUAUGCGGCCAUAAUAGCUACAGCCCAGCUAUCGCAUCCGCACAGUCUGGUCAGAAGUUACUUUAUGGCGGAAAGCGUAGCUCCUGAUCAGAUUAUUCGGUUGCUCAGGCAGUUUGGAGCUAAGCUAGUCGCACAUGGCAUAAGGAAUAUUUUUGUAUAACGCGGCGUAAUUAACACACAUGCUUAUCUACAUGCUAGUCACUGAAUAGGACGCGACACAACAGCGCAUGGGCUUGCAUUAAAACGCAAAAUUGCACUACUACCAAUUAAUUGAGCAACGCCCAUUUGUUUACUUGCAUUAGACGGGUGUUUACCUGCAUCUGGUAAUUGCAUUAUGAAAAUUAGCCAGGAACUGUUAUCAAACAACCAUAAGCAAUGUGUUAGAGAUUUCGGGAAUGGGCAACUUUACGAUACGCUUUGUUGUUCGUGUUAACAAACAUGAAUUAGCAAUAUCUUUAACAACCGAUCUUAAGUACUUGACACAAUGAUACUUACGUAAUUUACAAAUCAUUCUUAAUAAAUGAUUAUGGAAUAUGAGCAAUUUGAUAAACACAAUUUUACAUAAAUGAGCCAAGUUCAGGGAAAACUGGUAUCAAUGCAUGUGAGUAAAAUAUCGUCCUAGAUGAGCAAGUGUUUUCCACGCAGAUUUAUCAUUACUCAUUGAUUUUUUCCUUAAAAAAUCACUUCAUAGAAAAUCCAUUUAAAGCGCAUUGCGCAGGCUAAUCUUUAACAUCACAUUACGCACAUGCAUUAAGCCCGGUUUCCCCAAACUCCAGAGCUCGGCUUACAUUGAAUACUCUGCAUUACACAGACUAGUUUCAAUAGAAGCAGUACCCACUAUAAAAAACUUUUUCAAGCACGCGAUUGGCGUUGAUCGAAAGUGUACAUGUAUGAGUUAGUUUGCGUCAAGUCUAUUGUUAAGAGAUGUACGUAUGCACUGAAAAUUGUGAUGCAAUAUAUUGUUAACGAUUUUUUUUGUAAAUGAUAUCCCUUAAAUAGCCUUUGCCGUAUGCAUGACAAGGCUUUAAUUACCGCAUGCGAUAAAAGCAUGUCAGUGUUAAUAAUGCAUGACUGGAUAUCUAUUUACUGUAUCUAGGUAUCUGACAUAACCAAUGCUCAUCUGAAUAUACAGGGAUAGUUACAAGUUUCAUAAAUUAUUAUAUUGAGGUAGUAGUUAACUUAAAAGGAAGUCACGGUUACAUGUAAACUGCCAGAUAUUCUAUGGUCGUACAUCACAGUCGGGAGUUUUUGUUUACAUAACAGUUUCUAACACGACCUUGAUAUUUGUAGCUUCACUGAUUGUCGUAUUUCAAAUUAUAUGAAAUGUUGUUAAUUAAAUGUCAUAAACUAAAUAUGUCUUCAUUGAAAUUAACUCAUUAUAAUCAGAUGAAGUUCAUACGAAGUUAUGCAAAAAUUUAUGAAGGGAUAUUUGCUAAAUAGACUUUAAAUUAACUGAAAUUAUUUUAUUGAAGAAAAUUUAAUAUAGAUUUGGAAGAUAUCUGCAUGUCGUUGAAUAUUCUUAUUGAAUUGGAAAUCGUCAAAAAAUAGUCGGACUACCGACCAUAUUUUGUUGGCGAUUUUAGUUGACACACAUUGCACUCUGUUGUUCCUCAAUAAAAAUCGUCGACGUUAUAGCUGUAUCGGUCCAUAUAUUUGCAUAUGAUUAGUCGCCGCGGAUGUCGAUAUAUAAUUAUAGUUUUAUUUUACACUGGCUAAGGGUUACCAUACUUAACCCAUUUAUGCCUAGUGGACUCACCCAUCCUUCUAAAUUGGAUCAAUUUAUUUCCAAAAUAAGUGAUGUCUACUAUAUUUAUUUCUGUAUUUAGAAUAUUUCUUACAGAAAUUCCUUUAAGCAAAUAGCGCAGAUGAAUGUAUAUUUGUAUUGUAUUUUUGUAUUUAUACAUUUUUUCUUAAAUCAUGUACUUGUAUAAGGAAAUGUACGCUAGUCGAUCGUUGCAAAGGACACAUCAGUCUAAUUACUUGCUCAAUCUCUCCGCAAAAGCUUGAAUUGGAAUUAUUGUUUUCGAUUUCAAUGAUUAUAUGCAUGUCGUAAUAUAUGUAUGUACAAUCAAUUUACAAAAAAAGUGUUCAUGCAUAUAUUUAUUUUACCAAAUGUUUUGUGUUUUAACUGUGUUAUGACUAACAAUACACGAACUAAACUAC